AUGUCUACCUGGACAUUCCUCUCCGGCCUAUUGUUGGCCGCCUCGACGGCCAGCAGAGCAGCAACCCUCCAACAGCUCAACGUAACCCUCGCCCACAACCCAACCGACGUAGGCUUCUACAUCUACGUACCAGACAACCUCCCACCGCACCCGCCCAUCCUCGUCAACCCGCACUGGUGCCACGGAGACGCCCCGACGGCCUACGCUGACUCCACAUUCGCCAACCUGUCCUCGGAGCACGGCUUCAUCGUCAUCUACCCAGACAGCCCCAACCUCGCCGACAAGUGCUGGGACGUCUCCUCCCCGGCGACGCUCACCCACGGCGGCGGCGGCGACAGCCUGGGCAUCGUCAGCAUGGUGCGGUGGACCCUGGACCGCUACCAGGCCGACGCCUCGCGCGUGUUUGUCACGGGCGUCAGCUCCGGCGCCAUGAUGACCAACGUCCUCGCCGGGGCGUACCCUGACGUGUUCGCGGCCGGGUCGGCGUUUGCAGGCGUGGCGCUUGGGUGUUUUGGCGUCGACAUCCCGGCCAACGAGUCGGCGGUCGACUACUGGAACACGGCGUGUGCGGAGGGGCUGGUGCGGCACACGCCCGAGCAGUGGGCGGCUGUUGUGCGGGCGGCUUACCCUGGGUACCCGGACGACGGCUGGCGGCCCAAGAUGCAGGUGUUCCACGGGACGGCGGACGAGACGCUGAACUACACCAACCUGGGCGAGGAGAUCAAGGAAUGGACGGGUGUGUUUGGGCUGAGCGGGCAGCCGACGAGCACCUCGCUGAACACGCCGUUGGCGAACUGGACGAGAUGGGAGUACGGCAACAGGGACUGGUUUGAGGCGUAUCGUGCGUGGAAUGUCACUCAUAAUAUCCCCGUGCAGGAGGAUCUGGUGAUUGACUUCUUCGAUCUCGCCUGUACCGAGGGGGAUUGUUUCCACUGGGGACAAGAAUGA